UCCACUUGCUUCUGACUACUGUAUGCAAGGCAACACGAUUUCGCCUUCUAAUUCCUAUAAAUUUGCUGCCUUGGCUCAUCAGUCUUACAACUCAAUCAUAUAAACAGAGAGAGAAGCAAAGCAAUUUUCAAAGAAACACAGAAAAACAGAGAGACAAUGGCAAAGCUGUUCAUAAAACAAGCCAAGAAUUAUGCAGAAGGAAGACCCAGUUAUCCAUCCAAGUUGUUUGAAUACAUUACUUCCAAAACUCCCUUCCACGACCUCGUUUGGGACGUCGGCACCGGCACCGGCCAAGCUGCUCAAUCUCUUGCAGCACACUACACCACCGUGAUCGCCACUGACACGAGCCCAAAACAGCUUGAGUAUGCAACCAAACUUCCCAAUGUUCACUACCGCCAAACCCCAUCGACAAUGUCCAUCGAGGAAGUCGAGAAAAUGGUGGCACCACCGGGGACUGUCGACUUAGUCACUGUGGCACAAGCCCUCCAUUGGUUCAACCUCCCAUCUUUCUAUCAAAACGUACGAUGCGUCUUGAAGAAACCUCACGGCAUCAUUGCGGCCUGGUGCUACUCAUUGCCCGAAGUCAAUAAUGCCAUCGACACUGUCCUCCGCCGCAUCUACAAAACAGAUUUUGGGCCGUAUUGGGAUGCACCAAGGAGGUUGGUGGAUGAAGAGUAUAAAACGAUUGAAUUCCCAUUCGAGGCGGUGGAUGGGGAGGAGCCGAUAACGGAGUUUGCAGCAGAGAAGGAGAUGGAGUUUGAGGAGUAUUUGAUAUAUUUAAGGUCUUGGUCAUCAUAUCAAACAGCCAAAGAUUUGGGAAUAGAGCUUCUAAGUAAUGAAGUGGUUGAAGAGCUUGAGAGGGCUUGGAAUGAAGAUGGGGUUAAGGGUAAAAAAGUGGCCAAAUUUCCAAUCCAUUUGAAGAUAGGGAGAGUGGGAAACAAUAACUAAUCAAAACAGAGAUUUAGUGUGUGGAGUAUGCUGAAACUAUAUUGUUAAAUAUUUUCCCAUUUUUCAUGAGAA